AUGAUUGAUCAAUAUAUAUCAGCUGAAUUGCCAGACAGAGAUGUAGAUCCUGAAGGUUUUGCAUUGGUCGACCGCCAUAUGAUUCAUGGGCCAUGCGGAAAACGUCGACCAACAUCACCUUGCAUGGACAAGGGAGAGUGCACCAAGGCUUACCCUAAGCCGUUAUCAGAUCAUUCACACAUUGACAAGUCUGGGUUUGUCAGAUACAGAAGGCGAUCAAAUCCCAAGCAUUUAGUCUUGAAGAGCAAUAUUGAGAUAGGGAAUCAGUACGUUGUCCCUCACAACCUCAGUCUCCUUAAAAAAUAUCAGGCCCAUAUCAAUGUUGAAUGGUGCUGCAGAACCAGUGCAAUCAAAUAUCUUUUUAAAUACAUUACAAAAGGUGUUGAUCGAGCUACUGUUCUUUUAAAGGAGGUGGAAAAAAGAGGCGAUGGGAAGGAGAAAAAGAAAGAAGGGGUGGAUGUGGUCAAUGAGAUAGAUAGAUAUAUGGAAUGUCGAUACAUCUCUGCAUGUGAGGCCUCAUGGAGAUUAUUUGCCUUUCAGAUACAUCACAAUCAACCUAAUGUUAUUAAGCUGCCUGUACAUCUACCAGGUCAGCACUAUACUGUCUACGAUGAGUCUUCUAACUUAGAAGAAUUUAUUUCAAAAGAAGACAUCGAGAAAACGAUGUUAACUGCAUGGUUUGUAGCAUGUGAAACGUAUGAAGAAGCACGAGACCUGACGUACGUUGAGCUCCCUACUAGGUUCGUUUAUCACACAUCAGGGAAACUAUGGACCCCCAGGAAAACGGGUGGAGCAAUAGGCAGGGUGGUUUACGUCAGUCCAGCGGCCGGUGAUAACUAUUUCUUGCGGAUUUUGGUAAAUGUUGUUAGAGGCCCAAGGUGUUACGAGGACUUAAGAACAGUUGGUGGUGUGGUGUUUAAAAAGUAUAGAGAAUCAUUUUACGCACGCCGUUUGCUUGACGACGACAGGGAGUGGCAUGAUGCUAUAGAGGAGCCAUCAUAUUGGGCUACUGGUCGCCAGCUCAGACGGUUGUUUAUGAUUAUCUUAUUGUUUUGUCGAGUUGUAAAUCCACUGAAGCUUUGGGAACAUACCUGGAAGUUCCUGGCAGAAGACAUCCUCUACACGAAACGCAAAGAAUUCAGAUUCCCAGGUCUUGAGCUCAACGACGACCAGCUGAAGCAAUAUACUCUCAUCGAGCUCGAGCAACUCUUGAAGGAGAAUGAUCAGUCACUUGCGGACUACCCUGACAUUCCAUUGCCUGAUGAUGCUAUUUUGACUGAGAUUUCAAACACAGUGCUGAUGCAGGAGUUGAGUUAUGACAUUCAGCAGGAGAAUGAGACACAUACAGAGUUGUUUGCAUCAAUGAAUCAAGAUCAGAAAAUGGUAUAUCAUGCAGUGCUUCAAUCUGUUGAUAAGCAAUCUGGGCAGUUGUUUUUUGUUAAUGGGGCAGGAGGUACAGGUAAAACAUACCUAUACAGGACCAUCAUCGCAAAGCUUAGAUCAACUAAUAAAGUUGUUAUCCCAGUCGCAUCAUCUGGUGUUGCUGCGCUAUUGCUCCCAGGAGGAAGAACAGCCCAUUCUCGGUUCAAACUGCCGCUUACACUGAGCGAUGUGUCAAUGUGUAAUAUUCCCAAGUGUUCUAUGUUGGCUUCAUUGAUAGCAAAGUCGGAUUUAAUAAUCUGGGAUGAAGCUCCGAUGGCCCAUCGCCAAGCAUUUGAGACACUUGACCGUUCACUCCGGGAUUUGUUGAGUCCUUCAGAUCCAACGGCUUCCGACAAACCAUUUGGUGGUAAGACCGUUCUCUUGGGAGGUGAUUUCAGGUAA